CUGGCGUGUGCGGUUCCCACUCGUACAGACGUGCAAUUUCCCCCAGGAGACUGUGGAAGGCGGGAGAGCGAAAGGAGUCCGGGGGAGGGGUGUCUUCUUUCCCGGUGUCGCGCCAUGACGGCGAACGAGGACCAGGAGAUGGAGUUAGAAGCGUUACGUUCUAUUUAUGAAGGUGAUGAAUGUUUUAGGGAACUUAGUCCCGUUUCCUUUCAAUAUAGGAUAGGUGAAAGUGGAGACCCCAAAGCCUUCCUUAUAGAAAUAUCAUGGCCAGAAACAUACCCGCAAACUGCUCCAGUAAUAUCCAUGGAUGCGUUCUUCAACAAUGCCAUAUCCUCAGCCAUAAAACAAAAUAUAUUGGACAAACUAAUGGAAGAAGUUGAAGUUAACCUUGGAACCUCAAUGACAUAUACAAUAUUUGAAUAUGCCAAAGAUAAUAAAGAGCAGUUCAUGGAAAAUCAACCAGUUAAUACUGUGACAGCAUUGAAUAACUGCAUCUCAACUGGACAUUCUGAUGUAGCACAACCGAGUAAGAAAAAGGAGAAAAAGGAACAAUUGUCCAAAACACAAAAGCGGAAGUUAGCUGACAAAACAGAUCACAAAGGAGAACUUCCCCGAGGGUGGAACUGGGUUGACGUAAUCAAGGUUUGUAUCAGUUACUGGUCCAAAUCAGCUAAUUAUUUUGAGAACAAAAUCAAAGAUUUUCAGCAAGUUCUCCAACUCCCUAAAAAGCACAAAAAAGGGGUCCAGCACUUUCAGGUGUUCUCCAACAGAAGUCACCUUGUAUCCUACAUAUUUCAGAGACUAAUUCAAAGAAAGAUAGAAGGGCUGAGCAAAACGGGCUCCAAGGAUGAUGAAUAGGAGGACUUUGAUAUAGGAAAAUCUUAGCUGAAUCCACAUUGUAAUAACUUUGACCUUUUCACACAUUUUAUAAAUAACAGUUCCUCACGUGUUUAAAUGUGUUAAAGUGUAUCCAUCAAGAGCAACAUUCUUCCAGCUUUAUGAUUUUCUUCCUUUCACUUGUUUUCCUUUAGAGGAAAUAUGUCAAAGGCGGUGUCGUCGUACUUAGACUAUGUCAUGACACUGAGUGUAACAAUAUGUAAUUUUAAUGUAUAUUAUUCACUGUACUAAGUCAUAAAAAACAUUGAUGGUAAAUGAAAUUAACAUAGCUAAUUUUAGAACACUUACUCUAAAAAUUCCAGACCCCUUAAUCUCUACAUUUGCAUUAGAAUUCCACGGUUGAUUCUUACAUGUUUACUUCAGUAUAAUUUCAGAUACUGUUCAUAGCAUCCAGCCUUUAUUAACUGAAAACGUUUAUUGUAGGCUGAAGCUAUAAAAAAUAUACAACAGUUCAAAUUACAAUUUUUAAGAAAAGAUUUUAUAGAUCAAUUCAAGUGUUUCCCUUUGUGCACAAUAUAUUCAGUAGAGUCAUAUAUUCUUCAGUGUGAAAUAGAAAACAAAACAAAAGGUUGUUUGACACAAAAAAUAACGUAGCCAACAGUGAUAUCCAUUUUCAUGACAAUUUUGCUACUACUACAUUGCAUCCUAUUGAUGCUCCAGUGCUGGUGCAUUCCAUCCGUGGGCAAUGAGCCUAUACUAAAGAAUGACUGUCCCCAUUAUUUAACUGAAACCUAUACAUCCAGUGUUCUAUAGAUAAUACCAGACAGUAAGAGGGAGGGAAGUACUAUUCCCUUGACAUAAUUGCUAAUAUAUGAAGAAAACAGACAAUUACAAAAGUGGAGCCUACAGAUAAGAAAGAAGGAAUGAUGUAAGAGUGAACUCAUAAGACAGAAUACUGACCAAUUCUCAUAACUCUAGGGGUGCAAAAUUGAACAUACUGGUGCAGAUUGUAGCAUCUGUGGUCUUCCGGCCAUUGCUGGAUUUCCACUGCCAGCUUCCCUUAUCACUGGCCAUGCUGCCCUUGGCUGCUGGGAGUUGUAGUUAGCAGCAACUACAUGCCUUACAUUCUUACUAUGAAGUUCCAUUAAAAACUAACAUAUUUCUGCAUAGGAUUACACUAUAUGAAGUAUUUCAUACAAUGCAUAUGAUAAAUUAUUGGUAUUGCCACUGAAAAUGCCAUUUGUAGUCCAUAUUUGUCUUAGCCAAAAAAUAAUGGGAUGUAGACUUCAGGUGCUGUCCACACUUCAUUUAUUUCAGUUUCAGUUACUUUUUCACUUGGAAAAAUAGGAAUUGUCAUUAGUUUUCCACUAAAGUAAUAGAUAACAUGGCAUUUAAAUAGAUCAGAUAUCUUGUAUUUGAGGCUUCUCUUUAUUAGAUUAAUAGUGAUAUAGAAUAAGAUGCCUUAAUACCAUUUUUUUAAAUUGUUGGGGAGGGAUUAAAUAAAUUUCUAUUUAUCUUCUC